CACAGCAGAACACCUGAUAGGCUGGAGCUAGGGUGUGUGAUGUGUUCCAAUAGGCUGUGUCCAGGCAACAAUAAUAGGAGGAAGAGAGAAGAAACUUAAGAAGAGGAGGAACUGUAGUCAGACAGACUGACGGAGGAGCUGAGGAGGAGAUGGAGCGGAGCGUCAUCCACCUGACCCAUUGUCAGAAGGAGAUCUUCUGCUUCUCUGUUCCUGAGGUAUGUCCGAGCUGUGGGGAGGAGCUGAAGGGCCGCAGGCUGCAGGAAGCACCGGUGAGCCUGCCCUCCCCCUUUACAGAUGGACAUAAGACCUCCUGCUGCCUGCUGGUGGCUCCUGCACACAACAACCUGGACAGAGACUUCAGUGGGACCUCAGAUCUGCACACUGGCAUCUCCAACACUAAAGGUAUGAAAAUCUGGGUCCAGGAUGGUGUGAGGCGAGAUCAGAGCGGAUGGGCCCUCUGUGUCAGCGUCCCCCUGGUACGGCCCGACAUGUUCCACCUGCUGGCUCAGUGGGAUCAAUAUCUAGAGCGAUUUUCUGAGGGACCAACAUGGGACCCUGUAUGGCACAAGUUCCAUGAGGAUGAGCACAACUGCUUCAGCUUCUGUCUUCAGUUUCUGAACAGUGUCCUGGAGCUGGAGGGUCAGGGCAUUCUGACACGAGAAGAGUUCACCCAAAGCUUCAUCCUGCCGAGGAUGAGGAGGGUGUCCAAGUACACAACACUAAUCCAGCACCUCCAGAAACACCAAUACUACAUGGUGGACAGACAGGAGGAGUCAACGCCCAACAGUUAAACCAAUGCCACCUUUCCUUUAACCAGCUUCUUUAUCCUGAAACAAAGAUGAACAAUUACAGACACCUGGGAUGAUUCUAGAUGUGCAGACAUGUGAAGGGAGCCUCAUGGAUACACAUGUUACUUCAGGAUAUUUAUUAUAGUGUUGAACAGUGUUUACUUCAUGGGUUUUAUUUUGGGUUUUGUACUUCUGUGUAAUGUUCCCAUGCAGGGCUUGUUUUUCAUUAAAAUUGGUUUCUUUUGAAAA